GUGAAGAUUACUCAUUUGCGAUUAGUACAUUCAAGUUAGGACAUUCCGUAUAACCUAGGCAAGAUGAGAUCGCUUCUAGUGAUCUUAUUUUUAUCUACAAUCAUUUGUCAUGGCGUGUUGGCAGAACCCGCUUGUCCGGACAUUCAUGUCUUCUUAAGGGAUUAUAUUAAAAUACUGACACAACUUCCGGAGCUGUCGUAUCCCGUGUUUAGUCUUUGCACCAACAAAACGGUAGAGCGGCACUUUAUGGAUGCUAAAUCGAUGUACCAAAAUGUAUCGAAAGAACCGCAAUGCCAAAAGUAUCUCGAUCACAACCGUAUGAACGUUUUCGGGACAGUCUACAGCCAAAUGACUGACCUUUGGAGCAAGGCGAACUGCGAUGCAUGCAUCAAUGCACCGAACGUGACGGCCGAGUUUAUGGACUUGUCGAACAAUCUUACAACCUGUCUCAACGUCAACCUUGCCGACCCAUGUGCCAGCUGCGACGAUGAUUACCAGCGCGUCCAGCAAUACUACGGCCGGAUGCGCGAACCGGAUCGACUCUGCUUCGACAUCGAGGAUCGUAUGAACCAAUCGCGCCGGGCCUGGUCGGUGCAGUAUAAAUGCUGCAAGGACAAGAAGCAUUCGACGGUGGCGUUCUUCUCGAUCGCCUCGGUUGCCUGCGCCAUGCCGGUGGCGUUCUACUUGGCGAUGCAUUUGGUGCGUUUGCGAGCCGACUCUAGACGGUUAACGCUCACCGUCGACGAUGGACCUCGUCCGGUGACAGCGCCGCAUCGAUCCGAACCAGUUUUGCCGUCGAGCAAUCAGCACCGUGCAGCGGCCGACGUCGAUGAUGAAACCGAGAAUUCCUCGCUCGAGGACAACGAUACGGCAGCGUCCGGGUCGGGUGCGAUGAACAACCUGAACCGAACCGAGGGUGAUUUGGUUAGCUUUCUGGAUUCCGAACGCGACCAAUCGUUCAACAAUUUGCCCGUGCCGGAGAAGGUGGUCGUCAAGCGAGAUCUGCUCUGCGAUGAUGUCGAUGAUAACGACGACGAGGCGAUCUUGAGUUAAAUUGUUCUAGAAAUUAUUUCUACUCCAAAUUGGUACCAUGUGAUAGAAUUUGACACUGGUAGGAUAUAAGAAUCGCCUUUAUUUUUCUUACUUUUUAGAUUUCAUACAAUAUGAAUUAAAGAAAUAAAAGAACUGAUCCAAAAAUUGCUUGCGCAAAACCUUUGCUUGUACAUAA